GAGCGCGUAAACGGCCAGGAACAGGUAAAACCGAAGGAGGCCAUGGAGAGGGGCGGCGGCGGCGGAGGAGGAGGGGACGAGAUGAUGAUGACGUCGGGGGCGACGGGGCGGAUCGUGCCGGUGUUCCGCUCGGUGCUGUCGCGGCGCGCGCUGCUCCGCCUCGCCGUCGCGCUGCACUCGCUGUUCCUCUGGGUGGUGCUCCUCCUCGGCGGCCGGCGCCGCAGGCCGGAGCCCGGGGAGGCGGGGGCGGAGGGGAGGCCGGUGAGGGCGCGGCGGAGGGCGGCCGAGGAGGAGGACGUGCGGCGGAGGCGGGCGCUGGCGGAGGAGGUGGCGAUGGUGGAGGACGCCGACGGGGAGCGCGGGAGGCGGUGGGAGACAUUCGUCGUCGCCGGGGCCAGGAGGAACGCGCUCUUCUGCCGCGCCUGGGCGCCGGCCGCCGCCGCCGAGACGAGGGGCAUUUUGGUCAUCAUACAUGGGCUCAAUGAGCACAGUGGAAGGUAUUUGCAUUUUGCUGAGCAGCUCACAUCAUGUGGCUUUGGAGUAUAUGCAAUGGACUGGAUAGGCCAUGGUGGCAGCGAUGGUCUACAUGGUUAUGUGCCUUCAUUAGAUUAUGUUGUAGAAGACAUAGAUUUACUUCUUGGUAAAAUUGCGCAUGAAAAUCCAGGGGUCCCCUGUUUUCUUCUUGGUCACUCCACUGGUGGUGCUGUUGUUUUGAAGGCAUCAUUGUUCCCUCAUAUCAGAGCAAAACUGGAAGGCAUCAUCCUAACUUCACCAGCUCUGCGUGUAAAACCUGCUCAUCCCAUUGUAGGGGCUGUGGCUCCAAUAUUCUCUCUGUUAGCACCAAAGUUUCAGUUCAAGGGAGCUAACAAAAGAGGAAUCCCGGUGUCUCGCGACCCGGCUGCGCUGCUGGCGAAGUACUCCGAUCCACUGGUUUACACCGGGCCGAUUAGGGUUCGGACUGGCCAUGAGAUCCUACGCAUCUCCUCCCACCUGCUGCACAACCUGAAGAAGGUCACCGUCCCAUUCAUGGUCCUCCAUGGAACCGCAGACAGGGUGACGGACCCCUUGGCUUCACAGGACCUCUACAACGAAGCCUCGUCAAGGCACAAGGACUUAAGGCUGUAUGAUGGGUUCCUGCACGAUCUGCUCUUUGAGCCUGAACGUGACGAGAUCGCUGCAGACAUCAUCGACUGGAUGGAGCGAAUGCUAGCACUACAGACCGUGUGAAGAAGAAGAAGAAGAGCAGUCUGUCUCAAAAAAUUGAAGAAAGGGAAAGGAAAAGGAGAAAUGUACUGAGAAUAGCAUUGAUUUCAUUCUUGAUGGAAUGAUCUAAAAGUGAUCUACAGGCUUCAUGUGGCGAUUCUGAUUAUUGUUUCAUUUGCAAGUGGUGUAGGUCCGGGCUCUGUGCUCUGUAAUUAUACCAAUACAAUAUAGUAAUAGAAUAAGGUACUAAGAAAAUCUCCCCCUGCCGAA